AUGAUACCAAGAUGGCGACGUUUAAUAUCAAAAUUGUUCAUAAUUCCCCAGCGGUAUGUACUUGGCAUCAUGGGCUUACUGGCGGUAUGCAACGCGUAUACGAUGCGCGUGUGUCUUAAUCUUGCAGUCACCCAAAUGGUCAAUAAUACAAAGAGUGAAGAGUCGCAUUAUGAUCCUGAUGCAUGUCCCGAUGAUAGUGAAAUAUUGGUCAACGGAACGGUCAGUCUUAAACCGUACGCGAUAUUCGAUUGGUCUGAAUCGACACAAGGUCUUAUACUAAGCGGCUUUUAUUAUGGUUAUGCCAUAACUCACGUACCAGGAGGAUAUUUAGCUGAAAGGUACGGAGGAAAAUGGACGCUAGGUAUUGGUCUUCUAAGCACAGCGAUUUUUACUCUUCUCACGCCACUUGUUGUGAAAGCCGGCGGAGCAACAUGGUUAUUUAUACUCCGAGUACUGCAAGGAAUGGGCGAAGGCCCAACGAUGCCCGCUUUGAUGAUAGUGCUAGCGCGAUGGGUUCCGCCACAUGAAAGGUCACGGCAAGGUGCUCUUGUUUUCGGAGGGGCGCAGAUAGGAAACAUCUUCGGCUCAUUCAUGUCCGGCUUCCUCAUGGCUGGCGAUGGUGAUUGGGCCAACGUAUUUUACUUUUUCGGCUGUUUCGGAAUUUUAUGGUUUAUAUUCUGGAGCAUUCUUUGCUACAGUACACCGAACACACAUCCCUAUAUAACAGACGAAGAACUUAAAUAUUUAAAUGAGACCGUCACAAGUGCCGAUACCAAAAGCGUGAGAGACCCUGUCCCCUGGAAGGCUAUUGUUAGAUCAGUUCCCGUAUGGGCUCUCGUGUUUGCCGCUGUUGGCCACGAUUGGGGCUAUUAUACGAUGGUAACUGAUUUACCGAAGUACAUGACGGAUGUGCUCAAAUUUAACAUCGCCACUACAGGCACACUAACUGCUAUUCCGUACCUUGCUAUGUGGUUUAGUUCCUUCAUAUUUGGCUGGGCAUGUGAUUGGUGUGUUAAAAAGGGAUGGCAUUCGAUUAAAACAGGAAGGAUCAUUCAUACUACAAUAGCUGCUACUGGUCCUGCUAUUUGUAUCAUUUUGGCUUCAUAUUCGGGCUGCGAUCGCUUCACAGCUGUUGCUUAUUUUAUUGUCUCCAUGGCCCUCAUGGGAGGAUUUUAUAGCGGAAUGAAGGUCAACGCUCUUGACUUGGCACCUAAUUAUGCAGGAUCUUUAACGGCAAUGAUAAAUGGCACUUCAACAAUUUCAGGAAUAAUCACGCCUUAUCUUAUAGGGCUGUUAACUCCUGACUCGACUUUAGCGCAAUGGAGGGUAGCGUUCUGGGUUUGCUUCGCUGUUUUAGUGGGAACCAAUGUAGUUUACUGCAUCUGGGCAGACGGGAAGCAACAAUGGUGGGAUGAUGUGCGACAAUACGGCUACCCACCUGAUUGGAAACAUGGCAGCUUGCAGUCUUCAAGUGAGGACAAAGAGAAAAAUAAAAAAGCAGAAUCUUCUCUAUAG